AUGGAGGAGUACGCGCUGCAUACGUGUGUUCGCUGGGUACCUCGAUCCGUCGAUGAUUAUGAUUAUAUAUACAUUGUUCCCGAUCGAGGAUGCUAUUCCAUGGUCGGCAAAACUGGACAGUUUGAGAAGUACGAUCACGGCAUGAUCGAUUCGCUGGGCGCUGAUUAUGAUUAUGAAUCGAUAAUGCAUUACGGACCACGGGCAUUCAGUCGCAAUGGACAACCAACGCUGGUACCAAAGCGUCCGGCCAUUAUUGGCCAGCGAUUGCGUUUCAGCAACUUAGACACAUUCAAAAUCAACAAACUUUACAACUGUCCACUCAGUAAUGAUUUCCAAUGUCCAUUCGCUGGACUGCAGAGAGUCCAGCUGUUUAACCGGUGGAAUGGGACACUUCACGGAGAGCUAAUCCUAGAGAUCUACCGGUACAGAAAAUCACAGGCGCAGUUUUUUAUCCGGAGAGGAUCUCAAUUCCAGAACCCUUGUAAAUCAGGCUGA